UGCCUUUCGGUCGUUUAAUUACAAUGGCGCUGCAGCAAAACGGGAUCGGAUCCAAACACAACGGUGACACUUCCAACCACCACCCAUCUACGAACGGGAACGGAGAAAUCCAGCAUGACCGGGCCGAGGGAUUCACUUUCACCUCUGAGCCCGCGCUUGAAGACAUCCGCCGCAUGCAGGCUGAAUUCACGGAGGAGAGGAACUGGAACCAGUUCCACAAGCCGCGGAACCUGCUGCUCGCGCUGGUCGGGGAGGUCGGGGAGGUGGCGGAGCUCUUCCAGUGGCGCGGGGAGGUGGAGGAGGGCCUGCCGGACUGGACCGAGCCGCAGCGGGAGCACCUGGCCCAGGAGCUCAGCGACGUGUUGAUCUAUCUGGUUGAACUGGCAGAAAAAUGCCACGUUGAUCUGCCUCAAGCUGUCCUCCGCAAAAUGGCCCUCAACCGACUCAAGUACCCGGCCAGCAAAGUUCAUGGGUCUGCCAAGAAAUACACGGAGUACAAGGACUGAUGUGGUGAUUUUGUGCUGUAGCCAAAGACUCUAGUUACUGAGCAGUUUAUUUGAGAAAGCUGAUGUCGAGUGCCUUACAGACUGUAAAAAUCCAAUGUGCUCUUAACGUUGCUGUUUUUCCCCCCCAUUUGAACUAAAUGUUGGCACUACCACUCUUGCUUUACGUUGAGCUUUUUAGAAUUUGUAUGUAAGAAACUUGUUUGCCCAUUUCUGGCUUAGUUUUAAAGAUCUUCAUGUUUUUAUUUUCACCAAACAGAAGCUGCUGUGGAGAGUACAAGUUGCUUUGCUGUAUAGUGUUUUUGCUUCAUCACAGUAAAGUGUUUUGCAGCUCA